AUGCAUGAACUUGCCCAACGCGUUACUUUCCGCAUGCUGCAGAAGCCCACUCAUCCAGACGAAAAGGGUUUCACAGUCAGGACAACUGAAGUCGUAUUCCUCAUCAUUCGAAAGAUAGCGGCCAGACUGAUAACACUGGUGGGCAAGAUCAUCGACGAUAUCGGCGGUUGUACCCGAUGA